AUGUCACCUAUACCUGUCCUCUGCCCCAUGUCACGUAUACCUGCCCGCUACCCCAAGUCACCUAUACCUGCCCGCUACCCCAAGUCACCUAUACCUGUCCGCUACCCCAAGUCACCUAUACCUGUCCGCUACCCCAAGUCACGUAUACCUGCCCGCUACCCCAAGUCACCUAUACCUGCCCGCUACCCCAAGUCACCUAUACCUUCACCUAUGCCUGCCCGCUGCCCCAAGUCUCCUAAACUUGCCCGCUGCCCCAAGUCACCUAUACUUGUCCGCUGCCUCAAGUCACCUAUACCUGCCCGCUGCCCCAAGUCACCUAAACUUGCUCGCUGCCCCAAUUCAUCAAUUCAUUUAUCUGUCCGCUGCCUCAAGUCACCUAUACCUGCCCGCUACCCCAAGUCACCUAUACCUGCCCGCCACCACAGGUCACCUAUAUCUGCCCGCUGCCCCAAAUCACCUAACCUGCCCAAGUCGACUAAACCUGUCCGCUUCCUAAAGUCACCUAUACCUUCCCGCUGCCAAAAGUCACCUAUACCUUCCCGCUGCCCAAAGUCACUUAUACCUUCCCGCUGCCCAAAGUCACCUAUACCUGUCCAAAGUCACCUAUACCUGCCCAAAGUCACCUAUACCUUCCCGCUGCCCAAAGUCACCUAUACCUGCCCAAAGUCACCUAUACCUGCCCAAAGUCACUUAUACCUGCCCAAAGUCACCUAUACCUGCCCAAAGUCACCUAUACCUGCCCAAAGUCACCUAUACCUGCCCAAAGUCACCUAUACCUUCCCGCUGCCCAAAGUCACCUAUACCUGUCCAAAGUCACCUAUACCUGCCCAAAGUCACCUAUACCUGCCCAAAGUCACCUAUACCUGCCCAAAGUCACCUAUACCUUCCCGCUGCCCAAAGUCACUUAUACUUUCCCGUUGCCCCAAAUCUGCUAUACCUGCCCGCUACCACAGGUCAUCUUUACCUUACCGCUAUACAUGUCCGCUUCAUCAUGUCAUAUUCUGUCCGCUACCGCAAGUCACCUUUACCUUCCCGCCAUCACACGUCACCUAUACCUGCCCAAAGUCACAUAUACCUGCCCAAAAUCACCUAUACCUGCCCAAAGUCACAUAUACCUGCCCAAAGUCACCUAUACCUCCCCGCUGUCCAAAGCCACCUAUACCUGCCCAAAGUCACCUAUACCUUCCCGCUGCCCAAAGUCACCUAUACCUUCCCGCUGCUCCAAGUCUCCUAUUCCUUCCUGCUACCACAGGUCAUCCUUACCUUUCCGCUAUACAUGUCCGCUUCAUCAUGUCAUCUAUUCUGUCCGCUUCCGCAAGUCACCUUUACCUUCCCGCUAUCACACGUCACAUAUAG